AUGUCUCCUAAUAACAAGAAGCUCAACAAGCUCAAGUGCAUCCUCAAACGCUGGCACUCCUCCAGCCGCAUUCUCUCGAAUGUCACCACCACUACCACCGCCACCGUGCCCCACCACUCUUCAACUGACAUGUGGCAGCACUCUGCAUCAUUCAACGGCGACGAGGUGCAUUCAGGUUACCACCCAGUAUAUGUUGGAAAAUCUCGCAGGAGGUACCUCGUGAAAACGGCCUUGAUGAAGCACCCAUUGUUCCAGAACCUUCUAGAACGUUCCGGGGAGGGCGGAUUACCUGGUGUUCUUUGGGUGUUACCUGAUUCUUAUCUGGAUGUUCCUAACAAGGAUUACAGAGGAUUUUCACGCCGGAGCCUCAUUCGAAGAGUUCACAAGUCCUCCUCUGCUGCUCUUUCGACAAUUCAAGAUGACCCGUUGGUCGAUUCCGUAGAGAGAACUAGCAAAACUUCACAGGUUAACCAGUUCAGCUCUUGCACUGUGAGAAACCCGACCCUUUUCCCUUACAUUGCUGUCUCUGUGAAAACUUUGAAUCAUGAUAUUUUCCGUGAGACGAAAUUUGCAAAUGCGGUGGAAAUAUAUGGCCUUUCUCAUGCAUUAGAGUCAUUCUCAAUGCUGGUUGGGAUUUCCUCGCUGGUGAAAAUGCGUGGAGAAGUUAGGCAUUUGCUUCUUGAUGUGAUGGUUUUUGACAAGGGAUUGCUUUCUGAAGUUGUGAGAUUUUCUAGUAGUUUGAUUACGCCGUUGCAAGCCUAUGGAGAUCUGAUAAAAGCUCUCGUGGACAAUUCAAUGAUUGAGGAUGCGCUAGAAUUUUGUUUGGAGGCUAUGGGAAUUGGGCUUGAAAUGAGCGUCCCUCUGUGCAAUUAUUUGCUCAAGUGUUUCGUCGAGAGGAAUAAUGUUGGGGUUGUCAGGAGUUUGUAUGAGUAUAUGAAGGUGCUGAGGUCAUCACCAAACAUUUACACUUAUACUACUAUGAUGGACUUGUACACUAAAGGCAAUACACUGGAUGUAGAUGAAGCUAAUAAGAUUCUUGUAGAGAUGGGAAAUCAUAGUGUCAGACCUAAUGCAAUAACAUAUAGCAUGUACCUUCGAGGGCAUUGUAAGAUAGGGAAGGCUGAGAGUGCUUGGGAAUUUCUUAAGGACUUGCAGCAUAGAGGACUUGAGUAUGAUAACUACUGUUGUAAUGCUGUCAUUCUAGGUUUCUACCGUAAAAGGGAGUUGAACAAAGCAUUUACAGUAUUGGAUGAGAUGAAGAAGUGUGGCAUAUCACCUGAUGUUCAUAGCUAUAACAUCUUGGUCGAUGGGUUUUGUAAGGAGGGCAAUGUUUCUGAAGCUUGGAAUCUCUUUGAGGAAAUGCAUAGAAGAGAAUUAAUGCCUAACGGCUAUGGGAGAGAUCUUAUGGCCUAUAACAUUCUUAUUGACGGAUGUUGUCAGCAUGGUGAUCUGGAUGGUGCACGUGAGCUAUGGCAUGAAAUGAUCCAUGAAAAGUUCACUCUAGACAUUUUCUGCCAUACCAAUCUAAUUUACAACUAUAGCCAAAACCAAAAAUUACAGGAAGCUACAGAUCAGUUUGAAAUCAUGUUUAAUGAUGGUGUUGUGCCUAAUGUUGUUACUUACACCAUUAUUAUUGAUGGGUUCUGCAAGGAAGGGCUUAUUAUAGAAGCUUUUCGGUUCUUAAAUGAAAUGGAGCAGGGUCUCAAUCCUAAUAUAUUUACUUACAUUACAAUCAUUGAUGCACUAUACAAAAUUGGAAGUUCUUGUGGUGUAUGGGAGAUUUUUGGAGUUAUGAUAAAGCGAGCUCUUAUUCCUGAUGUAGUUCUAUAUACCAUCCUAAUCAAUGGUUUAGUCAAAACACUGGACUUGGAGAAAGCUCUUAUGAUCUAUGCAAUGAUGUCUCAAAGGGGUAUAGAUCCAAAUAUUUUUACUUAUACAAGUCUCAUCAAUGGGCUAUGCAGUGCUGGAAUGCUUCCUACAACUUUGGGCUUAUUUGAGGAAAUGAAAUGGAAGGGAUUCAAGCCUGACAAGGUUCUUUAUUCUACGAUGAUUUUAUGUUGCUGUAGAUGCAAGGAUAUGAAGAAAUCUCUGGAAUUUGUCAAUUCAAUAGAGAUAGAUGGGUUUGAACCUGAUGGUAUUGUGUACAGUUUGAUAAUUGUAGGUUAUUGCAGGUCUAACAAUAUGAAGAUUGCUUUAGAACUGUUCUAUAAACUGGAGACAAAAAUUUAGACUUGACAGAAAUAUGCAUAC